AUGCCUAGACCACCAGCGCAACCCGCCAAGCGCGGUCGCCCUUCCAAGUCAACACAGCCCGCCUCGACGACCGCCGCGUCUACUAAGCGUAAAGCCGCUGCCCCCGCGCAGCCCCGCAAGAAGACAACGGGCCCGUUCGAGCUCUCCGACAGCGACGCGGCCCCUGCUUCCCGGGCGGUCGAAGACGAGGAGCAGGAAGAGGAGGAGGAGGAGGAAGAAGAGCAGGAGGGCCCGGAGAACACGAUCCCGCCGGAGCUGCUGACGCGGCUGCUGCACGAGUUCUUUGAGAAGGACGACACGCGACUUAGUAAGGACGCGAACGCGGCGGCGGGGAAGUACAUGGAUGUCUUUGUGAGGGAGGCCAUUGCGCGGUGUGUGCAUGAGAGGCCGGGCGGGUUCCUUGAGGUCGAGGAUCUAGAGAAGAUUGCGCCGCAGUUGCUGAUGGACUUUUGA